CACACUGGCAUUCCAAUCCUCGUGGCAGAACGAUGAAUCACUGAUUGAAUGAAUUCACUGUUUGUCUUCCGAAGUUUAUUUUCGAAGACGCAAUUUUUUGCAAGAAGUCCAAGUCAAGGUUAUAUCUUCAGGCUACAAAAUUGCAGAAAUAUCUUCCAGCCGCUUAGAUUGCCUGAGUGGGGUUUCGAAAACUUCUCUAAGUUAAUAAUUUUUCUGGGAAUAAAAACAAUGUCUGCCGACGACGCCGAAAAUUCAACCAUUCUGGAGAAUCUACGAAAAUCUUUGAAGGAGCAGGGUGACUUGGUAAGAAAGCUAAAAGCUGAAAAUGCUCCAGUCCCAGACCUCGAAGUUGCCAUCAAAGAACUUAAAGUUCGGAAGAAGGCCUUUGAGACCAAGGAAAAAGAAAUGGCGCCCAAGCAAGAAAAAUUUGACAGGUCAAAACUGGAGGACUUGUUAAAGAGGCGCUUCUUUUUUGUCCCUUCUUUUGAAAUCUAUGGAGGUGUAGCAGGGUUGUAUGAUUAUGGGCCUUCUGGUUGUGCUAUGGAGGCCAACAUGAUAAACAUAUGGAAAUCACACUUUGUUUUGGAAGAGCAAAUGCUGGAAAUCAGGGCCUCUCUAUUGACGCCUCAUUCAGUCCUUAAAGCAUCCGGGCAUGUUGACAGGUUUGCUGAUUUUAUGGUUAAGGAUGUCAAGACUGGUGACUGUUACAGAGCUGAUCAUCUGUUGGAAGGACACCUAGAAAAACUAUUAGCAGAUAAGAAACUGGAGGAAGAGAAGAGGAAAGAGUAUGAAAGUGUCAUUGGCCAGAUUGAUAACUAUGGAAUGAAAGAACUGGGGGAGCUUUUGAAAACGUACAAUGCCAAGUCUCCAGUAACAGGGAAUGAUCUGACGGAUCCUGUGGAGUUCAAUUUGAUGUUUUCAACCUCAAUCGGUCCCAGUGGGCUCAUCCCUGGCUUCCUCAGACCAGAAACAGCUCAAGGAAUCUUUGUGAAUUUCAAACGCCUCUUGGAUGCUAAUAACGGAAGACUACCAUUUGCCUCAGCACAGAUUGGACCUGCUUUUAGAAAUGAAAUUUCACCUCGAUCUGGUCUUCUGAGAGUAAGAAAAUUGUCAGUUCCCAGACCAUGGGUUACUUCCUCGGCCGCGUGUUCCUCUUCUUGCUGAAGGUUGGGGCUGAUCCAAGUAAGAUCCGCUUCAGGCAGCACAUGUUCAAUGAAAUGGCACAUUACGCUUGUGACUGUUGGGACGCCGAACUCCUUACGUCCUAUAUUAAUGAUGAGUUCGUUAUCUCGAAACCAGGAGGCGAGGCUAUUGAUGUCUUCGCUGAGGUUGUGUUGGUUAAUAUCCAAGUCUUUCGAGGAUGUGAAAAUUACCGAGUCAUCUGCGAAAUGAUUGACAUUGUGGAAAUCGUCCCAGAGAAGCCAGCAAUUGGCAAAGCAUUUAAAAAGGAAGGGAAAGUUGUCAUGGAUUAUCUGGCUCAGAUGGACAGGGAUGCUAUCAAAGAGUUUGAGGACAAGCUUAAUGAAAACGGAAAGGUGAAUUUAACGGUAGAAAACAAGGAAUUCGUCAUUGAAAAGGCCAUGAUUAGGGAGAUCAAACGAUACCAGAAGGAAAUUCAUGUGCGUGACGUAGAACCCCACGUGAUCGAACCGUCGUUUGGAGUUGGUAGAAUCAUGUAUGCUGUCCUUGAACACAACUUUAGAAUUCGCGAAGGAGACGAGCAGAGGACGUGGCUGUCCCUUCCUCCUGCUGUAGCGCCCGUUAAGUGUUCCGUACUUCCGCUCAGCAAGAACACUGAAUUUGGCCAGUUUGUCAAAAAGCUGUCGGAGUCUCUAACAGAGCUGGACAUCUCCCACAAAGUUGAUGACUCCAGUGGAUCAAUCGGUCGGCGUUACGCUCGAACCGACGAGAUAGCCAUUCCAUUCGGUAUCACUGUGGACUUUGACACAGUGAACAAGGAACCUCACAGUGCUACGCUGAGAGAGAGGAACUCCACUCGCCAAAUACGAGCACAGAUUGAUGAGUUACCCACCAUUGUCAGCAACCUUGUCCGUGGAAAGGUUACGUGGUCAGAAAUAGAGGCACAAUAUGGUCUGUUCGAAGGACAGGAGACUGGUGCCAAGUAGACAAUUAACCUAGCUCAGUGCCCCCCUCCCUGCAAAUAAUACAAAUUGGAAACAGUCGAGGAAACCAAAUAACAUCAGAAAGUGAUCUUACAAGAACCCGACGAUGUCCCAUUUCCCUAACUUGAAGCAAGUUGCGCGGCAAUACCGCCGAUAAGCAUGCGCUCGCCUUGUUAGGUUUUCCUCGACUGUUGCAAAACAGGCUUUGGAAAGAGAGAAUAAAAAUAUUUAAAUGAUA